CAUCUACUUCCUUUCCCUCUCUCUCUCUCUCUCUCUCUCUCUCUUCAUUUUACAUUCUCUCAAAUCUUUCUGUCUUCUUCUUAAAAUUUUCCAAAUCCAAAAUCUGUAAAAAUAACCCUUUUUUUCCUUCUUCUUCAAUCAUCUAUUUCUAUCUAUCUCUGUACAUACCAAGACAAAAAAAGAGAAGAAAAACAGAGUACCAUCAAUGGCUGCCAACAAGUUUGCAACCAUGCUUCAUAGAAACACUAAUAAGAUAACUCUUAUUUUGGUCUAUGCUGUUCUUGAAUGGACUCUGAUUGUUCUUCUGCUUCUAAAUUCUCUGUUUUCUUAUCUGAUCAUCAAAUUCGCAGAUUACUUUGGCCUUAAAAAGCCUUGCCUAUGGUGUUCGAGGCUUGAUCAUAUAUUUGAGCCUGGAAAAAGCAAGAAUUCUUAUAGAGAUCUUAUCUGCGAAGCUCAUGCUGAAGAGAUUUCUGAGCUGGGUUACUGCUCAAAUCACCGGAAACUCGCUGAGUCGCGAGAUAUGUGCGAGGAUUGCUUGUCCUCUUCUUCUUCUUCUUCACAUGAAUGGUCAAAUAAGUUUGCUUUAUUUCCAUGGAUGAAGAAAAUUGGUUUGAUCCAAGGUGGCGAUCUUGUUGAUGAUGAGAAAGAGGUUGUUGAAGAGAGUUUCGAUUGUUCUUGCUGUGGUGUGAACUUGAAGGACAAAUUCUACCCUCCUUGUAUUCUGAUUAAGCCUUCUUGGGGAGUUUUGGAUUAUGCCCAGAAGGAGAAUUUGGUUGAUCAAGCUGGGAUUGAGGCUCAAACGGAUGAUGGUGAUCAUAUAUGGGAUCGUAGCGGAUCCGAUUUCGUGACUGAAAAUCAUGAAGAAGAAGAAGAAGAAGAACAGGGUAGUGAAGAAAACAGAGGAAACCAGGUUGUUUCUGAUGCUGAGAAAAGUUCAGGAGAAGAUGAGUCUUUGUGCAGAGAAAUCUUAGCUGAUGAGAAUGAACAAUUGAAUGAGGUUGUGGAAAGAGACGAGGAAGAAAAAGAAGAAGCAGAAGAUGAUGAAGAAGAAGAAGCAGAGAAAAAAGUAAAAGAAGAAGAAGAAGCCAUUGAAGAGUACAAUUUGGAGUUUUUCUUGGGUGAUCAACCUUGUGAGCUGAGUACGGUACACAAAACUAGCAACAAAGAUGUUCCAGCUCAACAUUUGGAGUUCUACAUUGGUCAGGAGGAUUGUACAUUGAUUCCAGUCGAAUUCUCUUCCAAAAAGAAUCUAACUCAGCUCGAUUACAAGGUUGAAGAGCAAGGAAAAUCUAGUAAUGAAGAAGACUUGAUAUUGGAUUUUGAUAUGUCUGGUGUGGCACAAGUUGAACAAAUUACCGAAACUUGGCUCAGUACAGAAAAUACUUUAGAAUUACUUACUCCGAAUGAAUGCAUCAAAUCAGCUGAUUUUGUUGAGAGCAGGAGGAACUCAUUUGCCUUUCAUGGUGACCAAGUAGAUAUAGAAAUAAGGGAGUUUCAGAAAGUUCUCAUUGCUCAAGGAACUCAAACCCUCUCCGAGGAUGAAGACUGCGAAAAUGACAAUGGCCAAGCUAUGUCAGGAGAAGAAAGUGACUUGUACGUUAAUCAAGCCUUUGGGGAUGAGGAUAAUAUGCUAAGUUAUGAGAUUGAUGGAGAAGUCUCAAUAGGGACAGACAUUCCUGAUCAUGAACCAAAUGAUGAAAUUCAAUCCAAAGAAGACCCUUCUUCGAGUUCUGUCAACUUGCAUUGUGAUGAUAAUCAUGAUUUUGAGCAAGCUGAGGAGGGAUUAGUAGAAUUCAAAACCUUAUCAGUUGAAACAAACUACAAAGAAACAAGCAAUCAUUUAUUUUUCGGUUUAGAGCUCAAUGAUAUUGAUGAAGAAAGAGUUCCUGAUACGCCAAGUUCCAUGGACAGUCUCCACCAGUUGCACAAGAAGUUGCUGUUACUUGAGAGAAGAGAAUCAGGAGCAGAAGAGUCUUUGGAUGGAAGUGUGAUGAGUGACAUUGAAGGUGGUGGCGACGGAAUCCUUACCAUGGAGAAGCUAAAAUCAGUGCUGAAAUCUGAACGAAAGGCCUUGAACGUGUUAUAUGCAGAGCUUGAAGAAGAGAGGAGUGCUUCUGCAGUGGCAGCCAGCCAGACGAUGGCGAUGAUAAACAGACUUCAGGAAGAGAAAGCAGCAAUGCAAAUGGAAGCCUUGCAGUACCAACGGAUGAUGGAAGAGCAAUCAGAAUAUGACCAGGAAGCUUUGCAGCUUUUGAAUGACCUUAUGACAAAGAGGGAGAGGGAAAACCAAGAGCUAGAAAAGGAGCUUGAAUUGUAUCGAAAAAGGUUACAAGAUUAUGAGGCAAAGGAGAAAAUGAUGGUGAGAAGAAUGAAAGAAGGAAGCAUCACAAGAAGCAGGACUUCUUCUGUGUCUUAUAGCAAUGCUGAAGAUAGUGAUGAAUUGUCCAUUGAUUUGAACCAUGAAGCAAAGGAAGAAGAUUGCGUCGAAGGCCAUGAAGACACCAGCAGCAACCAGAACACCCCUGCUGAGGCUGUUCUAUACUUGGAGGAUUCUUUGGCUGGUUUUGAGGAAGAAAGGCUAUCCAUUCUAGAUCAGCUCAGAGUGUUGGAAGAGAAGUUGUUUACCUUGCAAAGCGACGAAGAGGACAUGCAUUUUGAGGAUAUUAAACCAAUUGAAUUACUCUAUAAAGAAAAUGGAAAUGGCUACCAUGACAGUCUAGAUUUGAGCAAUGGAGUAAUCACAAAUGGACACGCCAAGGAAAUGAAUGGAAAGCAUCAUCAUCAUCAUCAUCAAGAGAGAAGAAUUAUGGGAGCCAAGGCCAAGAGACUUCUUCCCUUUUUUGAUGCCACUGAGGAGGAGAACGAAGAUGAAGUCUUGAAUGGAAAUGAUGAAGGUUUUGACUUUGUUAUGAUGCAAAGCUCAGAAUUCGAAAGAGAGAGCAAGAAGGUUGCUAUUGAGGAGGAGGUUGAUCAUGUCUAUGAGAGACUACAAGCACUAGAAGCUGACAGAGAGUUUCUAAAGCAUUGCAUCAGCUCCUUGAAGAAAGGAGACAAAGGAUUACAUCUUCUUCAAGAGAUUUUGCAGCACCUUCGCGAUCUAAGAAGCGUCGAGAUUCGUGUGAGGAAUAUGGGAGAUGUUUCUUUGUAAUGACACCAAAAGCAAAAACAAAAAUUGUGCUUAACUGAACUCAAGAGUUGAAUAGAAUUGGCUGAAACUUUAGGAAAGAAGUACCAAACAAAAAAAUGGUGGUUCAAUCAUAGAGAGCUCCAAUGGCAAAAAUCCUGUAAUUUCAAUACAAAAAGUUCAAUUGGGAAUGUCCCUAUUUGGAGAGGGAGGCUCCUGAGCAAAUGUGGUUGAUGAACAUGAUGGUGGACAACAAAUCUGCCUACCCUUUUCUUGUUUUUUCUUCUUGUUUUUUUUUUCUUCUCUUUUUUAAAGUUUUGGUGUCCAAGUAAAGCCCAAAUAUUUGUGGGUUGUGCCCAUAACCACCUUUUUGCAGGGGAAAAAGGGUGAUGAUGAGCUUGUGUCUUUGUAAGGCUAGUAGAGGGUGAAUUAGCCACCCUGUCCUACUGAAAAAAAAACCCAAAAAAAACAAAAAUACUGGCUUUGCUAAGCUGGAGAAAUCCAACAAAGAUUCCAGUGCCAGAUCUUACAGUAGUAGUUUAAUUAGAUAGUUAGAACUAGGCAUAUUCUCUUCUUUUGUUCAUUUUUUUAUUUUUAUUUUGGGAAGGGAAAGGGGUAAGUAACUCCUUUUUUUUUUCUUCUUUCUCAUCUUUGCAUCAUUUGAUCAUAUGGGGUUUGUUUAUUAUUAUUAUUUUCAUUAUUUUGAGGGGCAAAAGUUGAGUUACUUGUAUACUACAUGUAUCCAUCUGUAAGUAUAUAAAGUGAGGGUUUGUUUA